AUGAAUGAUGUGGGGGUCCUAUCCUACUUCCUUGGACUUGAAUUCAAGAAGACUGAGAGUGGUAUUUUGAUGCACCAGAGCAAGUAUGCAACAGAAAUAUUGAAGAGAUUCAACAUGGUUGAAUGUAAUUCAGUUGCAACACCAACUGACGCAGGUCUUGUACUUGAAAGGGAGGGCAAGGAAGACAAAGUCGAUGAAACUGAGUUCAAACAUAUUGUUGGUUCUCUCAGGUACUUGUGUCAUUCAAGACCUGAUUUGGAAUUUGCUGUUGGACUGGUAAGUACAUAUACGAAAAGACCCAGAAUUCCUCAUCUCCUAACUGCUAAGAGGAUUCUAAGGUUCAUAAAAGGGACCAUCAAUACUGGAAUUCUAUUUCCAAAUAAAGACAACAACAACUCAGAGGAAUUAGUGGGAUAUACUGAUGCGGAUUGGGGAGGAGACAGAGAUGACAGAAAGAGUACUAUAGGUUACAUAUUCAUGUAUGGUGCAACACCAAUAUCAUGGAGUUCUAAGAAGCAAUCCAUAGUGGCUUUAUCAACAUGUGAAGCUAAGUAUGUUGCAGCUACAAUGAGUGCUUGCCAAGCUGUCUCGUUGGACACAUUAUUACAAGAAUUAAAAAUCAAGGAAAGUGAUGGAGUGAAGCUUUUUGUGGAUAAUAAGUAA